CGGAUAUUUUAAAAAUAAUAGUUGUUACAAUCAACAGCAACUGGUGUGAAGCUGUGGGUACAAAAACAAGGGAAAGAAAAACCCUUAGUGUGGCACGUUUUCUGACAGCGUAACGCUGAUUGGCUCCGAAGAUCAGUGUAGGCGGAGUUCGGAUUCGGCAGCGCUGAUCCCGCCAUAAGAUGCUGUGCCGGGAACGAUCGUCAGUCUGCUACGGCACGUCAUCGUGUGUCAUGCUACUUCGUUCGUGAACCUUCAACUGUAGCCCUCGUAGAGUUCUAAUUGAGUGUUUUCGCCUACUGUGCGUGCCUGACAAAAAGGAUACAAAAGAAGUAAAAGCAACUCUUGAUAGGAUAUUCGAAGAUCGCCUAAAAUUGCGCAAUUGAUAUAGUGUUACUGUGUUCAAGAGUUAGAAACAUUAUCGUUUAAAUUUCUGAAAAGAUUUGAACGUUUUCGUGCGUUUCAUAUGGUGUUUGUGUUAGCAGUUCAGUACGCACGAACGUGAUAUGGAGGAACAGUGUGCCAUCGCAAUGACGUGCUGUUCGACCGAGUGUCUACCUCAGGACCGUUCGAUCAUACCGCGAAACCGAUACAUAAUGUCGCCAACGAAUCCUUCGGAAACAUAUCCUCCAAUAAAGCACACCGGUCAAGCAUUUCCCAGCGACAGUAUCAGUAUGCGCAACGACAGUUGUUCACCACCAGUAGCAUCAAACGAAUCGCUCGGUGUGUUUUACUGUCACGAAUAUCCUGCGCAUCCAGGGUACCAUCCUUACGCAAAUCAACCGAUGGCCGUACUGCAUUCAACCACACCGCUGUCAGCGAAUCCAUCAACCUUCCUGGGACAGAGUUUGGAUACCCAUCCUUACAGCGACUAUUCCCAGCCACCGAUGGGCGAACAUCAUAACGAUCGCUGUUCCGUAAUCAUUCCCACGUACAACGAAGACACGGUGGUGAUGGGUGAAUUCAGAGCAGACUCCUCGCUGAACACCUCCAAACCGAACGGUGACAACUGCAGCAACCCUUUCAACUGUGUGACCGUCACAGACCGACAGCCGUUGCACUAUGCCCACACGGACGUGUGUUCCGUGCCAUGCUCCGAGCCGCAUCCAUUUCUACGUCACCAGCAAGAAUUGGAAAGCGCAGUAAAUUAUCUGACCAGCAGUAGUAGCUACGGUAGUGAGCAGUCGGCUUCGAAGCAAAAGCUGAAAGGCGACAGCAACCGUACACCGGAAAACUUUUUCGACGAUGUGCUCCCGUUUCUGUACAACGAGCUGGAACCAACGGCAGACCUGAUGAAUAACGCUCAACCGUACGAGAAGUCAAACACGGAGCUGGGCAAGGAUGAUAAGUGCAUUCAGCCGUGGUCCAGCGGGGCACCACUAUUACGGCAGCUACUGUUUAGCAGUACGGGUGAUGAAGACGAGGUUGCAAAGGAAACAAACAACAACACCGUUACUCACAGCAUACGGCCAAAGGGAAGCCAUUCCUGUGAUACGGAUGAAUCUUCGGAGCAGCCGCAAAACUUGAAAUUGUCCGGAAUCACCAACCGUAAGGCACGGACCGCCUUCACCAAGUCACAGAUUAAGGCGCUCGAAGCGGAAUACGCACACUCACACUACCUAACCCGGCUGCGUCGGUACGAAAUAGCGGUCGCGCUGAUGUUAAGCGAAAGGCAGGUUAAAGUUUGGUUUCAGAACAGGCGCAUGAAAAUGAAGCGUAUGCGAUCGUCUUAAGCUAGAUCUUUUUUCCUAGAAAUAAAUAGCAAAAACACCGUA